AUGUUGGUGCUAGUGUUGUUAGGCAAUGUUGUGCUAGUGUUGUUGGGCAAUGUUGUGUUAGUGUUGUCAGCCAUUGUUGUUCUUGUGGGAGGUGGUGGUGGGUGUUGUGUUGUGUUGGUAGUGUUGACACUGAGCCAGUUGCUUUCUUUAUCUCACUUGUCGUUACUCCGUCUAGCUUCUUUCAGUUGGGAGGUUUCUGGAGAUCAAAUUUUAAAACACCGGUCCUGUUGGCGACACGUUGCAGCAUCUGUGUGUGCUAACAAAGAGAACUUGACUCAACAUGACGCUGAAGAGAUGAUAACAGUUGAGAGAACUUCUCCAUGUUUUUUGGGUACCUUCCCCUGUCGUAAACGAUCCAGGAGGGCAAGGAAAUGCCAGAAUAAGGUCUCAAAUCCAAAAAAGAAGCUGAACAGUGAAACAUUUGAACAUUACUUAGAAAAUAUAUGGAGGACCUUCUCAGAAGAUAGGAUGGCUUCCUUUACGCGCUUUGACUCUUUAUGGUUUUCCUUAUACUUGAAAGCUUCUAGUAGAGAAAAGGUGUUGACAUGGAUGAGGAGACAGGACAUUUUUUCAAAGAAAUAUGUUUUGGUUCCUAUAGUUUGUUGGCUUGUUUUGGACAUCUACAAAGCUGAGGGAAGGUCAGAGAAUAAAAAGCUGAUCUCUCGAAUUCCUCUCUUGGUGCCCAAGGUGCCACAACAGAAAAAUGGGGAUGAAUGUGGCUACUUUGUUCUUUACUUCAUAAACUUAUUUGUGGGUGGUGCUCCAGAGAGUUUUAGCAUUAAGGAGGGCUACCCUUACUUUAUGAAACAAAACUGGUUUGGUUAUGAAGGCUUGGAAGAUUUCUGCAAGCAAUUUUAUUCAGAGAGAAUUCCAUAAAUUCUGUAUAGAAUGUAUUUUUCGUUUUUCAGUAGGCAUUUAUGAUUAACAAUGGAUCUUAAUCCACAAGCAUUUUAUAUUUUAUGAAUGAUUAUUCUAGGCAAAUUUAUAGAUUAC